AGCCGCACCUCCCCUCUCUGUGUCCCCGCCGUGAGCCGAGAAGGGCCGUCCGGGAAAGAGGGUGCGGCUGCGGGGGGCAGUCUCUGACCUGGCUUCUGACCCGGCAGGAUGGGCGACCUGUCAGGUACUGCUGCUGCACUGUGAGAUGGAAAGUGGUUCAAGAAACUCCAAGAAUGAAGCAGAAACUCAGCUGAGGGAGCUGAGCCCAUUUUCAAAGGGCUCCACGUAUCAACUUUUCACAUCACAACAAGCUGAUUUAGUGGAAAAGACAUGUCUGUAGGACUCCACUCCUUCUAGGGAGGGGAACAAGAGGCGGAGAGCAUGGCUGCUGUCAUUUCUUCAGCUGGAUCUCUGACUCUUGAAGUUUCCCAGCCAGGUGAAGAUCAUCUUCAGGCAGAAGAACCAGAAUUGGUAAAGGAAUCAGUGACAUUUAAAGAUGUGGCAAUAGACUUCACAUUGGAAGAAUGGAGGUUGAUGGACCCUACACAGAGGGGCCUGCACAGGGAUGUGAUGCUAGAGAAUUAUAGGAAUCUUGUCUCCCUGGGGCUUACAGUUUCCAAACCCGAUAUGAUAUCUCGUUUGGAGGAUAAAAAAGGACCAUGGGUGGUAAUGAGAGAAAUUUCAAGAGCCCCCUAUCCAGAGUUGGAGACCAAACCAGCAACCAAAUAUGCUAUACUAACAGAGGAUAUCUUUGAAGAUUUGUCACAGGAGACCAGAGUAGAGAAACUUGCAGAGAAUGGUCUAUGGCACUCCAGAAUGGGAGGAUUAUGGAAAUGGAAUGACAGGAUAUUGAGACUGCAAAAUAGUCAGGAGAGUCAGAGCCAAAUAGUUACACAGAAGAAAAUUCACACUGGCCAAAGAGGCAUUAAAUUUGGGUCUAUAUUUUGUCCAGAGCCAGGAGAGUUCCACAGCAAAUGCCAAAAUCAUGAGGAAAAUUUCACAGAGAAUUUAGAUUUGAAUACAGAUACCCAUUUGGGGAAGAAAAAUUGCAAGGAUACGGAAGGCAACAAUGCUAUAAAGCCUGCUUCAGAACUUACUUUAAGGGUAAAAAAUGAUAACAAAGAAAAACCCUAUAAAUGCAGUACAUGUGAAAAGGCCUUUUGUUAUAGGUCAUUACUCAUUCAACAUCAAAGAACUCACACUACGGGAGAAAAACCUUAUAAAUGUAAUGAAUGUGGGAAAGCAUUCAUUAAUUAUUCAUGCCUUACAGUACACCACAGAAUGCAUACAGGAGAGAAACCUUAUAAAUGUAGUGAAUGUGGAAAGGCUUUCAUGCGUUCCUCGUCUCUAACUAUACAUCAACGAAUUCAUACUGAAGAGAAACCUUAUCUAUGUAAUGAAUGUGGGGAAUCGUUCAGAAUAAAAUCACACUUAACUGUACAUCAGAGAAUUCAUACAGGAGAGAAACCAUAUAAAUGUACUGACUGUGAAAGGGCAUUCACCAAAAUGGUAAAUCUUAAGGAGCAUCAGAAAAUUCAUACUGGAGUGAAGCCCUAUACAUGCUGUGACUGUGGAAAAUCCUUCAGGACUAAGUCAUAUCUUAUUAUACAUCAGAGGACCCAUACUGGAGAAAAACCAUAUAAAUGUAAUGAAUGUGAGAAAGCUUUUACUAGUACAUCACAGCUUACUGUGCACCAAAGAAGGCAUACUGGAGAAAAACCCUAUAAAUGUAAUGAAUGUGGGAAGGUUUUCACAAGUAACUCAGGAUUUAAUACCCAUCAGAGAACACAUACUGGAGAGAAACCUUUUAAGUGUAAUGACUGUGGGAAAGCAUUUAGCCAGAUGAUCCAUGUCACAGAACAUCAGAAAAUCCAUAGUGGAGAGAAACCCUAUAAAUGUGAUGUGUGUGGAAAAGCCUUCAGGAGGUGUUCAUACCUUACAGUGCAUUGGCGAACACAUACUGGAGAAAAGCCCUAUACAUGUAAAGAAUGUGGAAAAGGUUGUAUCACUCUCUCACAGCUAACUCUACAUCAGCGAAUUCAUACUGGGGAGAAGCCCUAUAAAUGUGAAGAAUGUGGAAAAGCCUUCAGAACAAACUCAGACUUUACUGUACACCUAAGGAUGCAUCUGGAGAGAAACCCUAUAAAUGUAAUGAAUGUGGAAAAACCUUUAGGAGUAGCUCCAGCCUUACUGUACAUCAAAGAGUACAUCAGAGAAAAACUCAGUUAAUAUAAAGAAUAAUAAGUCAUCCAGUUGUCUAUAAGAAAAAUCAUAAUCUGUAUAUAUAAUGAAAGUGGGAAGAUAUUCAGGAAUCAAUUUACCAGAAGUUACACAGAAAAAAAUAGUCUGUAAACAUAUGAAUGAGGAAAAACAUUUAAUCAUAUUAAAUCUUAUAAAGAAAUUCACAAUGGAGUGCAAUAAUGGACAAAUGAAAGCCUUUAUCCAGGUUUGAUACUUUAUUCAUGUAACAAGUUAUCUUUAAUGAAUUGCCUAUAUACUUUUGCCUUUUUUUCUAUUGGUUUGUUUAAUAAAUCUGGAAGUGCUCUUUUAUA